CUUAGCGGUGCCAACGUAUUUGACAAUGUACAUAAAUGCAUGAUUUUUAUAUACAGACUAUGCAAACUUGCCUAGGUGUACAAGGGGACAGGUAUACAUACCUGUACAAAGUUUACCUGUGUGUCUAAGGUAAACCUGUUGUUACCUGCAUAUACACAGGUGUUCCCCGAGACGGGUAAGUCAUCAACAGGAUGGUAUAACGAUACUCCAAAUACGGUGGUGUGCAACCAAGGUCCCGGACACUUUAAACCCAUCGGACACACACAGGGCAUAUCCAUGGAUCUAUGGACAGAAUCCUACAUGCUUAGUGAGGUAGAGAAUGCAAACACUGAUAUGUAGACGAGAGAAGCAGCACAGGACGAUUGUCCUCCUACUCUUGGGAUAACUCUACAAAAUACUUCACCAAUAAUGGAGGACCCAUUUCAGAGCAAACAUGGUUACCUACCUUCGCUUUACAGACAAGCUACACAACAGCUUCCAAGCUCAAAACUCAGGGAUGAGAUUGACUCGACAAUGCACAAAGUCCAGGAGGAAAUUAAAGCACCAGCUGCAUCAACCAAAGAAGCCUUCUCAGCUUGUUUUAAACAUAUUAUCCCACACAUCAAGAACAACCAGUUCGGACUGGAGCUGAAGGACAUGCCAAUUUACGCAGGGGACAUAUCCGCAUGGAAACCGUACAAACCGGGAUGUCCUUGUUAUUUACUAACGAUGAAGGUUGGUAAAAUAUCUGGGAAGGAACUUGAUCCAGGAUACGUUGUAUUUCCUAUGCCAAAAAUAACGCCAAAAAGUAUCAAAGUAUACAACCUUGACGUCAGAUCUGAGGACAAGCAACAUUUGUGCCCAAAGAAAAUGUAUCUUGCCUUAUUUCAAGUGUUAGAAACUGGACUAGAUAAAUUGCGGACUAUUGUUGAGAAGGAGAAGUCGAGAAGUCGAUUAAGUCGACGCUCAGACGCUACUAUCAGGACAGACGCAAGUCCAUCUCGACGAACGGAAUCUAAACGUAGUCGUAAGAAAUCAGACGCGAGCGCGGCGUACAAAUCGUCAGACGACGAUCCGGAAAAUCAUCGGAAGGAUAUCCCAAGUAGGACUAGCGUCCGCACCAACAUCAGCCGUCAGAGGUCAGAACGAUCGAUGAGUCGGAUGAGUGUAACGACCAAUCAAACUGCUACAACAGUCAAUGACCCUCCAAACGGCACCGUUAACGGAGGUACAAACGGGGUACCUCAUGGAAUCCUCCCUCAGCUAACAAGUGAAAGCAUCCAUCGAGCUGAGGCCAUGCGUACGAGAAAGCGAUCCGAUGCUAGUUUCAUAACGGACAAAAGUCGUCCAAUGUCGGACUUAACUUUGUUACAAGUGCCCUUCUCUUUGGAGUCGCGUUCGAGUCGACGAACAUCGACGACGUCAGAGCUCCGCCGACCCCCGUCGGAGGUAACAGUGAUAUUGGUACCACAACAGCCAGAGGAAAAGAAGCCGGAUCCGGCAGCCAAACCUCCUAUAGACAAACCAAAGAAACAGCCCAAGCCGGUUGAAAUCAUAGAAGUUCCAGAUAUCAGUUUGAUUGAGGAAGAAGACAACAGAUUUUUACUCAUGACUCUUAAAAACGGAAAUGAAAUCGAACUCAUCCCCACCAUCACUGCCUCGAACGGAGGGGGUCCGCUUUUUGUGGCAAAGCCGCAUGAGAAUGACGAAAAUGGCAAUUCAGACCUUCGUUGGCGAAUCAGUUUUGCUCCAAAUGAGGAAGUGAUUCUUAAAGCUAUUACUUCCGGUGACAAAAAUCAAAGAUUGAUGGCAGCGAAACUUGUCUCUAACAUGUGCCAAAAGGAGUGGAAACUCCGGUCCAUUACACCCUACCAUAUCAAAACUGUGCUGUUACACGAUAUUGACUUCCAGGUAGACAACACCCCGCGCUGGCAACGGUUUACUAUCGACGAGUGCGUGCGCAACAUUCUUCUCAGGCUCCUCAGCUUCAUCCGGAGUAAACAGCUGCCUCAUUUCUUCGAGAACGAGUUCAAUCUCUGGGGACAUAUUUCAUCUCAACAGUUUUCUAUCAUGAAAAAUGCUCUAGAGAGGAUCAUGAGAGACGAAAGGGAGAUAAUUCGUGUUCUUAAGAGAAUGAGGAUACCCCCUAUCAUUCACUCCGAAAAUGAUAAUUUCCAGUAAAACUUCUUAUUUAAUUGGGACUGUAUGUAGCUUUUGUUCUGAAUGCCAUGUGAUAUAGAAUAUUCUAUAGAAAAGUGAGUUGAGUCUAGCAGUUCGUGAGAUGAAUGGAUAUUGUUGUAAUGGAUAUUGUUCUGUCAAGCGUAUCUUUGAGGAUCCCUGUACCACUACACAAUUUGUUUUUCAAACUGUAACUAUGCAUUGGAAUCUGUUUUUAUCAGCAUGACUACAGUUAUAUCCGGCAUGAUUAUAUCCGGCAUGACUACAGUUAUAUCCGGCAUGACUACAGUUAUAUCCGGCAUGACUACAGUUAUAUCCGGCAUGACUACAGUU